CGCAAUUUAAGUAAUUGGCGGUACCGCUCCCCUCUUAUUGUCAGCAAGCCCAGCGACUAAGCACAAAUAUGCUAAGGUUAAGCUGAAACUACUUAAAAUAAAUCAUUAAGAUUAGUUUUAACCAAUUUAAAACAAUUCACACGUUAAACAAAUGUAAAACAUAUCAGUAGCAACGCUGAGAAGUUUCAAUGCCAAUCGUAACCUCUAAAAUGCUUAAGGAAAAGGGGCAACUAAAAUUCGAAGACAAAUGGCCCUUGAUGCGCCCCAUUGUCCUGAAGCUCUUAAAACAAGAACCAGUAUCACCAGCCGAAUGGCAGGAACUGUUUUACGACGUCCACUUAGUUUGUCUUUGGGACGAGAAAGGGCCAGUUAAAUUACGCGAUCACUUACAAGAAGAUAUAGUGCAGUUUAUUAAACAAGCUCAAGCUAGAGUUCUGGCUCAAAGACAAGACGAAGCACUGCUGAAAGCUUACAUUGCAGAAUGGAGGAAAUUCUUCACGCAGUGUAACUACCUACCCACCCCUUUUAGGCAGCUGGAAACGUCGUUACAGGGAAAAACUUGGUCAGGGACCAACAGCGGGCAAAGCGGGAGCGCCAAAAAGGGGGCCACAGACGAGAGCAUAGUCAGGAAAUUAAUGCUCGAUUCGUGGAAUGAAAGUAUUUUUAAAGAUAUUAAGCACAGGCUGCAGGAUAGCGCCAUGAAGCUCGUGCAUGCGGAAAGGAACGGGGAAGCCUUUGACUCUCAGUUAGUAAUAGGAGUUCGUGAGUCGUACGUGAACCUCUGUUCGAGCACCUACGACCGCUUGAAAAUCUACCGCGAAAACUUCGAGGCGGCGUACAUCCAAAGCACCGAAAUGUUCUACCGACUUAAAGCCCCCGAACACUUGGAAACAAACGGCGUCCAGGCUUACAUGCGCUACGCGGACAGCAAACUGCGGGAGGAAGAAGCCCGAGCUCAACGUUACCUCGAAGCUGGAAGCAACGGCGUGAUCCAGUGUUGCGUCAAAGUUUUAGUCAGCAAUAACCUGUCGGUGCUUUUGGCCGAAUGUGCGCCCCUGAUCAAAGCCGGCGAAACCGACCGACUCCAGUUAAUGUUUAGGUUGUUAGAGCGGGUCCCGGAAGGGGUCCAGCCGAUGUUGACCGAACUGGAGAACCACAUAACCCAGGCCGGUUUGGCCGAUAUGGUGGCAGCUGCCGAUAUCAUUACGCAAGAUUCGGAAAAGUACGUUGAGAGAUUGUUGGAGUUGUUCCGGAGGUUUAGUAAAUUGGUGCAUGAUGCGUUUUCGGACGAUCCCCGAUUUUUAACAGCGAGGGACAAGGCGUUCAAAGCCGUGGUUAAUGACACGACGGUGUUUAGGCUCGAGUUGAACACGGGGAGAAAUGCCGGUGGGAAGGUUGUAGCGCCGGAAAGUAAGUGUCCGGAGUUGUUAGCCAAUUAUUGCGAUAUGUUGCUGAGACGGACGCCACUGUCCAAGCGAUUGACCAGUGAGGAAAUCGAAUCGCGGCUUAAAGACGUUUUGCUAGUUCUUAAAUAUGUAUCGAAUAAAGAUGUUUUUAUGCGUUACCACAAGGCCCAUUUAACGAGAAGACUUAUCCUAGAUGCGAGCGCUGAUAGUGAGAAGGAGGAAGAUAUGGUUGAGUGGUUGCGAGAGGUCGGAAUGCCAGCCGACUACGUAAAUAAAUUAGCUAGAAUGUUUCAAGAUAUUAAAGUUAGUGAAGACCUAAACGGCCAGUUUAGAACUUCAACUGCAAGACACGAUGCUAUUAAUAUUAAAAUUCUUAAUGCUGGUGCUUGGGCUCGGGGCUCAGAACGCGUCACUGUGAGCUUGCCAGUGGAACUGGAGGAUUAUAUCCCGGAAGUAGAGGAGUUUUACAAGAAGAAACACUCUGGAAGGAAGCUACAAUGGUACCAUCACAUGAGCAACGGAACAAUAACAUUUGCCACCAACGGCGGAAAAUUCGAUUUAGACGUGACCACCUUUCAAAUGGCUGUGCUUUUCGCAUGGAAUCAACGACCACACGAUAGAAUAACAUACGAAAAUUUACGUCUAGCGACUGAAUUGCCAGAUGGCGAAUUAAGGCGGACGUUAUGGUCCCUAGUGGCAUUCCCCAAAUUGAAAAGACAGUUGCUGCUGUUUUCGCCAAAUGUUAGCGCUCCUAAAGACUUUACUGAACAUACAGUUUUUUGGGUGAAUCAAGAUUUUGCGCUCAUUAAAAAUGGCAAACCGCAAAAAAGGGGAAAAGUGAAUUUAAUAGGGCGGUUACAGCUGAGUACUGAAAGGUCCCAAAUGGAAGAUAACCAAUCCAUUGUACAAUUACGAAUUCUCAGGACACAAGAAGCCAUAAUAAAAAUCUUGAAGAUGCGGAAACGAAUAUCAAAUGCUUCGUUACAAACUGAGUUGGUGGACAUUUUGAAAAACAUGUUUCUUCCGUCGAAAAAAUUGAUCAAAGAGCAGCUGGAGUGGCUAAUUGAACACAAGUACAUGAGGAGGGACGACGAUGAUAUUAAUACUUUUAUUUAUAUGGCAUGAAAUUGUUAUAAACAAUAAAACAUUUGUUAUAUAUCUGAA